AUGAUGGAUUCUGAUCGAAUGUCUGAAAGGUAUACAAAUAUUGUUAAUAACAACUUAAUUGUUCGAGAUACAGAAUAAAACUUUCUUCCACUUCAAGUUGUUGAUAAUUUUAAUAAAUAGUUAGCUGAGGUUAAGCAAGUACAUUUGCAAUUUUAUUAGGAACCAAUUGAAUAACAAGUUGUAGAUUAACCUAUAAAUUCAGAGCUAUAAAGAGGGAAUACAGCUUAAUUGGUAUUAUAAUUCAAUAUUUGUAGUUUACAGACAAGCCUUUAUGUUUACCUAUAGUUCAAAAGAAAUUAAGUAGUUAAGAUUAAGAGAAUGAUGAAAUUGAUGAAAUUUCUUAGAAAAAGAAUAGAUAAAUGAGUUCAUAAAAUAUGGAAUCUGAUUUAGAUGGUAGAUCAAGUCAAAAUAAAUCAGGACAACAAAGACAAUUUAGUAAGUGAUUUUAAAAUAUGAUUCUAGUGUCUAAAAAAACGAUAAGAAGAAUGAAUAGUAGAAUAAAGGCCAGACAAUCAGUUAUAUUACCUAGAGCCUUAAAUACAAGCAUUACGACUAAAAUUUCUCAUGUUGUUGAGAGUCUUCCUUUUUCAAUUUUAAUGGCAUUAGUAACCCUUUAUGCUUUAUUUGGGGAUGAUAUAAGAAUCUUAACUGUAAAUAAAGAUGGAGAUGAUGCAUUUUUUGUUUUAACUAUUUUAUGUAUGGUUUGCUUUACUUUAGAGAUAAUAUUUACAUGUAUUUGUAAACAUGAAUAUUUUUGCAAUGUAUAUUAUAAUAAUUCUAAAUAUAGUUUUACUUUUGGUUAGAUGUAAUAUCAACAGCAACCAUGUUUUUAGAUAUUGGAUGGAUAACUGAUGAAUGGUAUUCUGGAGAUGUAACUAAUGCUGCAUCAAUUAAAACAAUUGGUUCUGCAUCUAAAGUUGCAAGAAAGGCAGCAAGAGUCAUAAGAGUUAUAAGAUUAGUAAGAUUGAUUAAAUUGUAUAAACAUGCAAGAUAAUAAAUAUAGUAAUAAAAAUAAAAGGCACUUUUGAGAUAGUUAUUAAGAUAGGCUUAAAUAUCUCAAGAAGAAAAAAUGAAAUAAUAAUAAAAAUAAUAAUAAAUAAUUUAAGAAUCUUAAUAAUUAUAAUCAUAAAUUUAAAACUAAUAAUAAAUUAAAUAGUAAUCUUAAUAAUAAUUGUCCUAAUCAUAAAAUAAUUAGUAACGUAAUAUUUAUAUAUUAUUUUUAAGCCGUUAAUGAGGAGGAUUAAAUAUUACAAAUUAAAAAUCCAUAAUCUGUAAUAGAAAGUGGGAAAAUUAAAAGCAAUCAAUUAAAUUAAAGUCAAAUGAGUGGAAAUUCUAUCCCAAUUAAUUAACAAAUCUAAAAACCAAAUUCAAGUUAGGAUGGAAGUGAAGGAUCAAAUAAUCAAUUUAGUAAAUCUCCAAGUAAAUCAACUCCUGGAAAAUCUGGUUAAUAGACUAAUUCUUAAGGUGAGAGUUCAAUGAAUGGAGAGAUUGACACAAAAGAAUCAAAUGUUGGUUAAUAAUUAUCAGAUUUAGUAAUGAGGAGAGUGAUCACUAUCAUUUUAGCAGUUCUAAUUAGUAUACCAUUGAUCAAUUUUGAUACAUAUUAAGAGAAUAUCAAUAGUUAUGAUUCAGGCAUUUUUAGAAUAUCAUAAUUUAAGGAUUAAUAGAAUGUAAAAGAGAUCCUCAUUAAAUAAUAUGCAGAAUUCCAUAAAGGAUAAAUCUAUCCAAUACAAGCAGUAAAUAUUAUAGUAAAUGAUACUUGGGUUAAUUAUAAUUAUUAAAAAUAUCCAGAUUAUUUUGAAUAUACAUCAUUAUCACCAGAUUAAUAUAGAUUUACAGAUCUUCAAUAUUAUAUUUAAACUUCUUAAAAUGGAACUCUAUUAGCAUAUUCUGCUGCAGAUCUUAUAUCAUAUAAUUAGACUAAUUCAAUUCUAUCUAUAUUUUAAACUAUUUUUGUUUGUAUAGUUUUAGCGUUAAGUGCGUUACUUUUCAAUAAAGAUGUUGAAGAUUUAGUUAUUGAACCUAUAGAAACAAUGAUGAAAUAAAUAGAAUUAAUUGCAGCUAAUCCCUUAGAGGCUGUGAAUAUUGAAGAAUAAGAAGAUUUAGUAAUUGAAGAAUUAGAAAAAAGUUAAGAUCACAAAAAAUUAAAAGAAAAGGAAAUUAUGAGAACUAUGGAAACUUAUAUAUUAUAACGUUUAAUUAUGAAAGUAGGUGCUUUAUUAGCAGUGGGAUUUGGAGAAGCAGGAUCUGAAAUUAUAGCAGAAAAUAUUAAAAAGGGAGGUAGUGUUGAUCCGAUGAUCCCAGGUAAAAAAAUAAUGGCAAUCUUUGGAUUUUGUGAUAUUAGAAAUUUUACUGAUGCAACUGAAGUUUUAUAAUAAGAUGUCAUGGUAUUUGUUAAUGAAAUUGCAGAAAUUGUUCAUUCAGCUGUCAAUAGUUUUAGUGGAUCAGCAAAUAAAAAUAUAGGAGAUGCUUUUCUUUUAGUUUGGAAAUAUGAUUAAUUUGAUUAUCAUCCUGAUCCAACUAAUCAUUAAAAAUUAUUAUUGAAAGAUACAAAAUUAAUCAAAUAAAAAGGAGAUAUGGCAGUCUUAGCUUUCCUCAAAAUUAUUACUUCAGUUUCUAUUUCAAAAAAAUUGGAAAAAUAUAAAAAGCAUCCUGGUUUAAAUGCAAGAAUGAAGGAAUACUCAGUAAAAAUGGGUUUUGGUUUACAUAUGGGCUGGGGUAUUGAAGGAGCUAUAGGUUCAUCUUUUAAGAUUGAUGCUUCUUAUCUAAGUCCAAAUGUAAAUAUGGCAUCUAGAUUAGAAGCUGCUACUAAAUAAUUUGGUUCAAUAAUACUAAUUAGUGGUAUAUUUAGAGAAUAUUUAACUGAAUCUUGUUAAAAGUAAUUAAGACUUAUUGAUAUCGUAACUGUCAAAGGAAGCAUUGAACCAAUGAGUAAAAAUUAUUCUAUUCCUAGAAAUUUAUACCAUUGAUUUAUCAAUUAAAUCUUUAUUGAAAGGAAUCAAAUAACCUAUUGAUAAAUAUGAUAUUAGUAAAUUAACAUAAAGAGAAGCCAAAAAAUAUAGAGUUGUCUAAAGAUAUUAAAGAAAUCAAUUAAUUAAAAAAGUUGAGAAUAAUUAAAUUCAAAUUGCUGAUCUCUUUAAAACUGAUGAAGAAUUAGUACUUGUACGGGCUCCGUUUAAAUAAGAGUUCUAUGAUUAUUGGGAUCAGGGAUUUUAACAUUAUAUUAAUGGAUAAUGGGAGAAAGCUUUACCUAUCUUUACUAAGACUCUUGUAAUCGAUGUUAUUUAUAUUUCUUUAGUCUAUGAUACCUGAACAUAAAGAUGGACCUUCCAAUACUCUACUAGAAGUUCUGCAUUCUAAUGGAAAUAAAGCACCUAAUUAUUGGAAAGGUUAUAGAGAAUUAACAGAAAAAUGA